GACCCCACCCACCCCGCCUGCCGCUACUGGCUCCAGCUCCUUACACCUCUCUCUGACAAAAAGAAACAGCGAAAGGGAGAGAGGGCGUAUGAAAGAGAGCCGAUGAGAAUGGUACAAACCCGAACAGCUUUGUGUGUCACACUCGAAUACAUCGCAUCCACAGCUAUGACCUAGGCGCGGAUCGUCGCUCUCAAGACAAGCGCCACAUCGGAGAGAGCAAUUACGCAUGGUUCCGAUAGAGAACGAAUGACAAGCUGUAUCCAACCAUUCCACAACGCCCGGUUGAUCUCAUUUUGCUACCAUUUAGAGCAUCGACUAGAUUACCAUAAGGGAGCGACGAGAACGGAGCACAGUAGCAACAACGUCUUUACAAUUGAGGAAUAAGAGAUUUUGCUCCAAUAAUUGAAUCAUUUACUUUUCAUCAAAACACAAAUAUCUGUAUGUAUUUAGAGGUGUAUUUCCAAGGGCACAUACAUUAAAGCGCGGUUAGCCGUCUUUAGGUCCACUUGGAUUUGAGCAUAUUGACACUUUAUUAGUUAUCCUGAUGGAAACGGCUUCAAAAGCUCGUCGGCUAUCCAAUGUGUCCACGGCAUCUAACGUGUCCAAUGUGUCCACGUCCAGCGCAGGGACUGAGGUAGGACAGAGCGAUGUGCAGAUUUGGGGGGACAGACCUUUACCUGUCGACUACCUUGGUGACAUCUCGAUCCUGGAUGACGGGAGAUGGUCUAACUCUAGCGUGAAGAAACAUCACCACAAGCACAACCUGAAGCACCGCUACGAACUGCUGGAGACACUGGGGAAAGGGACAUACGGCAAAGUGAAGAAAGCCAUCGAGAGACAAUCCGGCAAAGUGGUGGCCAUUAAGUCCAUCAGGAAGGAGAAGAUCAAGGAUGAUCAGGACAUGGUUCACAUCCGCAGAGAGAUCGAGAUCAUGUCCUCCCUCAAACACCCUCACAUCAUCUCCAUCUACGAAGUGUUUGAGAACAAGGACAAGAUAGUGAUCGUGAUGGAAUACGCCAGUAAGGGAGAGCUGUAUGAUUACAUCAGCGAGCGACGGCGGCUGAGCGAGAGAGAGACACGACACUUCUUCAGGCAGAUUGUUUCCGCUGUGCACCACUGUCACAAGAACGGAGUGGUGCACAGGGAUUUAAAACUGGAAAACGUGCUGCUGGAUGAAAACUGUAAUAUCAAGAUUGCUGACUUCGGUCUGUCCAACCUUUACCACAAAGACGAGCUCCUUCAGACGUUCUGUGGCAGCCCUCUGUACGCCUCACCAGAGAUCGUCAACGGCAGGCCCUACCAUGGUCCAGAGGUAGACAGUUGGGCCCUAGGAGUGCUUCUCUACACCCUGGUCUAUGGGACCAUGCCCUUUGAUGGGGAAGACCACAAUAAACUCAUCCGCCAGAUCACCAACGGAGAGUACAGGGAACCUACACAGUCCUCAGAUGCUCGUGGUCUGAUCCGCUGGAUGUUGAUGGUCAACCCGGAGCGUCGAGCCACGGUGGAAGACAUCGCCAACCACUGGUGGGUCAAUUGGGGCUGGAAGACCACUGUGUGUGACUGUGACAUCCAGAAGGACAACAGUGGCUGCAUCUCUUCUCCAACGCUAGCACGCUUUAUCGACUGGCAGAACCGCACCACAGAGUCACCCAGGGUGGCGCUGGUCAAGCCUCCCCGCUCGGAACACCCCGCCGUACCCCCCCACGCUGGCCGCCAGCGCCUGAGGAAGUCCAGGAAGGAGAAUGAUAGCGGAGCGCUCCACCAUCACACCGCGUGGGAAGACAAAGACAAACCAGGACUGAAGAGACCCAAGGGGAUCCUGAAGAUGCAUGUGUCUGAGCAGAGGUCCCACAGCCUGGGGGAGAUCGAGCUGAGUCGCUCCCUGCACUUCCACGAGGGAAGGGAGCUGCUCUCCAGCCCCGAGAGGGAUGAGGAGGAGGACGAUGAUCAGGAUCGCCUGGGGGUCUCGCCGGCCAAGAUGGUGCCCAUCCUCCCCAAGAAGGGCAUCCUGAAGAACAACCAGCAGCGGGAGUCUGGCUACUACUCCUCCCCGGAGCGCAGUGAGUCCUCUGAACUGCUAGAGAGCAGCACCUCCAUGACCCCACCCGCCAGCUCACCAACAAAGAGGUCCAUGGGGAGAAAGGGCAUAUUGAAGCGUAAUGGGAAGUAUGGCAACUCCACUUCCUUCCACAGUGGCUUGUCCAAUAUGAGCUACCACGGAGAGACUCCGGGGGACUCGGGCCUCUCUCGCAGCCAGAGUAAACCCUCCAGUAUUGUCUGUGAGGAGAUGGGUCUCUCCAGUGUUCCCCCCUUAAUGGGAAUGGAUUGGUCUCCCUCAUCCCCGCAGCCACACGUCAGGGCCUGUAUGUCGGCUGAGGAUCUACUCCAGCUGGCAGGCUUCAGACGGGGCCUCCAGACGGCUGCAGGGGGGCUCCAUGGGGGGAAGGUGGGGACCCGAGGGACACCAGGGUCUCCUGGUGACGACGGCAGCUUCUCUCUGCUAGGGGACAUGGAUGAUAUGACCCAGGUCUACCAACACACCCUGGACAUCAGCAGCAAUCUGACCUAGAGGAGGGGGAGUUUGGAAGGGAAGGGACAUGGAUGAUAUGACCCAGGUCUACCAACACACCCUGGACAUCAGCAGCAAUCUGACCUAGAGGAGGGGGAGUUUGGAAGGGAAGGGACAUGGAUGAUAUGACCCAGGUCUACCAACACACCCUGGACAUCAGCAGCAAUCUGACCUAGAGGAGGGGGAGUUUGGAAGGGAAGGGACAUGGGAAGGACAGACACACACUUGAACCUUCAUUUCUGGGUUAGGACUGGCCAGGUGUGUUGUGAACUGGGCAUCCCAGCCACCUUAAUGUACUGAAUCUACCCUCUCAGAGACAGUGCUGCUGUAAAUCUUUACAUGGUCAAUAGAGCUAAAUAAAUAUUGUGUUGUAUGUCACUCAGACAUACUCAGACUACUGUUCAUGUUAUCUCAAUGUAAUAGACAGUUAGGACUACUGUUCAUGUUAUCUCAAUGUAAUAGACAGUUAGGACUACUGUUCAUGUUAUCUCAAUGUACUGGACAGUUAGGACUACUGUUCAUGUUAUCUCAAUGUACUGGACAGUUAGGACUACUGUUCAUGUUAUCUCAAUGUAAUAGACAGUUAGGACUACUGUUCAUGUUAUCUCAAUGUAAUAGACAGUUAGGACUACUGUUCAUGUUAUCUCAAUGUACUGGACAGUUAGGACUACUGUUCAUGUUAUCUCAAUGUACUGGACAGUUAGGACUACUGUUCAUGUUAUCUCAAUGUACUGGACAGUUAGGACUACUGUUCAUGUUAUCUCAAUGUACUGGACAGUUAGGACUACUGUUCAUGUUAUCUCAAUGUAAUGGACAGUUAG